AUGAUGCCGCGGGAUAGGAUCGAAUUGAUCGAACUCGACGAAGAGUUCGGCGACGCCUGGUAUCUGGGUAAAAAUCUAAGAACCGGCCAAACGGGCCUCUUUCCAGCCAACUUCACCAAAGCGCUCCCCCGAAAGACGCUCGCCGAAUCGCCCGUCUUCCUCGAGUCGCCGGUGCAAUUAGAACCCGACGCGCCCGAUUCAUCGUUCGCACAGAUCGGCAGUGGGCAGAGUACCCCUCAGGCGUCGCGCCACGUUAGCACCGCAGAGGCGCACUCGCCUCAGGUCGGCUCGCCAACCCAGCAGCGAUCCGCAUCGUCCCCGCUGCCUCGGCCGAGCCUGGCAGCCGAUAUUCAGCAAGCCUUCCGCAGUCCCAUGGACAACCAUAUGAACGGGGAAGAAAGUCCGGUGAUGAACGAGACGCUCAGUGUGAUCGAUGAGCAUAUCACCGGGAUGAACACCCCGCGCCACAACAGUGUGUCGACGCAGGAGCCGAAGACGAUGAACGACUCCGCCAGCGAGUAUAGCAGCCACAUUGACCACAGGGCUUCGUAUAUCAAUGGUCACGAAACCGACGAUGAGGAGAAGGCCCAUCCCUCGGAACAGCAGGUCCGCAAGUGGAAUCAGUUGGAGACAUCCAGGUGUUUGCGCGGACUCGAUAUCGAUGCAAAGCAUUGCGACAUUUUUGAAGAGCAGGAGAUCACAGGUGAUGUGCUUCUAGAUAUGGAUCAGGACUUUAUCUUCAUGAAGGAGUUCGACUUCGGCGUCAUGGGGAAACGAUUGAAGACCUGGCACAAAAUCAAAGCAUUUCAAGAAGAAAUUAAGGGCUACAACUUGCCAACAGCCCGGGGCUCCAUUUCCAGUCUCUCGGGCCCCACCGAGGAGCGCACGCUUUCGCGCGCUGGCCAUACCGGCCCGCUCUUGCCCCGGAUUCCCACAUUGUCGGAGAAGAAUGGCGCAGGAUACCCGCGAGCAUCUGCACCCGCGCAGCACCCACGGCUGGCCAGCAAUAAUAGCUCCCCCAUGGCGCCGCAUACUCCUCCUUUCAGUCACGAAUCGCCCAGGAGGAUCUCAGCAGCCUCGAUCCGCGAGCUCAACCACACUCGCCGUCAUUCGUCCAUCGAUGCCACGCAGCGGGGGCCCGAUUCGGGUUUCCAUCAGAAGAAGCCUUCCUUUGACCGCUCCUGGACUUUGAACUCCGGCCCGCAUACGAUGCCCGCCCGUCCCGGGACCUCACUUGGAACCACAUCGGGCUUCCGUGCGCCGCUGACGGGAGAGUCUGACUCUGUCAGCAACUCGUACGCCACUACCCCCGAUCAGGCCGAUGAUCUAGACCGGGGUUAUUUCUCGGGCACGGAAGUCGACACACGCCGCAACCGCCGGGUCUUGCAGAAACGUAGCUCCACUGGUGGAAGCAUGAAUCAUUCUCGCAAGUCGAGCUAUGCGGAUGACCCCUACAGGGUCAGAUCCCCGGCGAAGCGCCACUCUCGCGUCAGCAGUGUUGACUCGAUCCGCGAGGCGGCCAAGCACGUAUCCCCCGCUGCCCAGGCCUAUCACGGCACUCCGCCCAAGAGUCGGCUGCGCAGUCUAAGCACGCGUGUCUCGGACCGUGGAGGCUCGAACUCUCAAUCGUCGAAUUCCGAGACCAAGAGCGGCGGAUUCUUCGCCAGCUUCCCCCGUGUCGGAAGAAGUGACUCGGACAAUACUUCUCGCCCUCAGCCGACUUCAUUCCAACCUUUGAAGAAUGCCGGUCCCAAGUUCCGUCGCGCAAUGGGUCUCCGUGCCAUUUCCGACGUCGUCGGAAAGAAGCUUGACACUUCCGCGCCUGUUUCGCCGAAGGAUUUUGAUUCCUCGCCCGCUCGCACCGGGUCGACUACUCCAUCGGCGACGUCGAAGAGCUCGGAGCGCCACAGCACGGAUGGGUCUGGGAAAGCCGUCGAUAGCCAGGCAUUUGCUGUCCGCCCCCGUACGGUCAAAUCAAAGAAAGAAACCAGUGCUUAUACCCGUGGCCUCGAGAAGAAAUCGCCGCAGGAACAAAUUGACGGCUGUGACUAUAGCGGGUGGAUGAAGAAGCGAUCUUCUAAUUUGAUGACGACUUGGAAGCCUCGUCUGUUUGUUCUGCGUGGCCGUCGCCUGUCAUAUUACUAUUCUGAGGACGACACCGAAGAAAGGGGAUUGAUCGAUAUCACCGCCCACCGCGUACUCCGAGCGGAUCAAGAUCCGAUCAUUGCCCUCCAUGCAACCAUCACCGGAUCAACUGCUCUUCCAGCCAAUGCCAAUACCACUGUUGACAGUGCAGGUGGCACCAAGCUCACCACUCCCUCAGUUAUUCAAUCACUCACCAACAAGGAUGGGAGUGGUCCAUUCUUCUUCAAGCUCGUGCCCCCAAAGAUGGGGAACUCUCGCACUGUUCAAUUCACCAAACCCGCCACCCACUACUUCCAAGUUGACAAUGUCCAGCAGGGCCGCUUGUGGAUGGCCGCCUUGAUGAAGGCGACUAUCGAGCGCGACAUGGGCAAGGCCGUUGAGAUGACCAAUAAGCAAAAGACAAUCAGUCUGAAACAGGCUCGCUUGAUGAACCAGCGACCGCCAGAAUUGAUGCCGGCUUCCGGCAGCACUAAGACUGAGCAAACCAUUGACGAGGAGGAGGAAGAGGCUGGUCUUCAUAACGACAGCUUCGACCUCACCAACGGCCAGUCUGCAGAGGCUGUUUCCAUCAAUAGCCACAAGAAAAGCUUGGAUCAUAGUCCAACUGCUUCCAACGGUCCCAAUGGCGUGGACUGGCCGAUAUCAAAUCCUAAUGGUGAUCUUCACUCUGUCUUGCUCCCUGACACAUUGGCCAAGACAGAGUCCAAGUGA